GAACAUCUGUGUAACUCGGUUCACACUUCUGCUGAACGUUGAAUUUAUACGACGCCUGUUACGGCCUCAUUCCCCCAAUCGUUUUGAGUUCGAAGCGACCUCGCCAAUCUUUGGGCCAGUAACUCUACAAUGCACCUCGAACUUCUCAGUCUGCUCGCGUCCUGGUCCUCUAUCGUGACCGCCUCCGUCAUCCUUGAGGACGUCGGCCAGAGCGAGUUUAGCAUGGGGGUGCUACUCCCACGGCAGCAAAGCCGAACGAACCUGCAGGCUUUUACAGGGGCCUUGGGCGGUGCGACGGCACCCAGUAUCACCAACUCGAACGACCCGCAGCGACCAUUCGAGGUCGACGGCGACACCUUUACAGACUACGAGAGCGCUGCCAACCGAGCCUGCGAUAACCAAAAGAACGUGUGUGCCGACAUGGCAAACAACGGAACGGGCUCGUUCAAAGUGGGGGACUGUGACCGGCAGAAUGAAAGCUGUAAAAGCGCGGCGUCCUCGGCGACCAUCAAGUCUUUUGCACCGCCGGCGCUCGUGAGCUCGACCGCCGAAUUCGACAUCUUUUGUGACGUAUGAUGACGAUGAUCGGGGUUGUGGGGCUUC